ACACACACACACACACACACACACACACACACACACAGGAAAAGCUGGAGACAGUCUCCACAGCACCUCACACAGCAGCCUCGGUGCGCCUCUGCUGCCCAAACGGGAUCCUCCUCUACUUUGAUAGUUGCUUAAUUACUCAUGUGAUGGCACCACGCAGAUGUCUGGGAUGCUCCAGCUCCAAGUUCUCCUGAAUAACUCGCUGACUGACUGAGUGACAGGAUCCGAGGGGAGGCAGACGUUUAAGGAGCGCCCUGGCAUGUACAUAAUUGGAGUUGAUCUGUUAAUCGAACCAGCCGACACGUUCAGCAAUGGUCCCUCUGAUCCUACGCACGCUCUUGCUAACAGCCAUCAUGGCCUCCAGUGGACUCACUCGAGCAAACCUCACUGAUGCGGUCACUAGCAGCCUGUUUCCCGCGUCUACUAUGAAUUCCAUGAGACUCGUCAGCCAAGCGGGAAAUAUCUCAGACUUUCGUAACCACAAUCUCUCCAAAAUCAUUCCCAUCAGGUGCAAGGAACCCACUUCCAUUACAGACACCUUCAAGGUCAUCAAUACCUUCAUCUCAUGUGUGGUAUUCAUGAUCGGCUUGGUGGGCAACGCCACAGUGCUGAGGAUUAUUUACCAGCACAAGUGCAUGCGAAACGGACCUAACGCUCUGAUUGCAAGCCUGGCACUGGGUGACCUCAUCUACAUCAUCAUAGACAUUCCCAUCAAUGUCUACAAGCUUCUAAUGGGAGAAUGGCCACUGAUUCAAACCCAAUUUGGUGUCUUCCUGUGUAAACUGGUGCCCUUCGUUCAAAAAGCUUCGGUGGGCAUCACAGUGCUGAACCUGUGUGCACUCAGUGUGGACAGGUACAGGGCUGUUGCUUCUUGGAGUCGUGUCCAGGGAGUUGGCAUUCCUUUACUCACUGCUGUAGAGAUUUUCGUCAUCUGGGUGCUGUCAAUUAUUCUGGCCAUACCAGAAGCUAUCGGGUUUGACAGAGUUAACUUUGAAUACCGCAACAUAUCUAAGAGCACCUGCAUGCUCGACCCUCUGCUGUCCUCCAGAUUCAUGCAGUUCUAUGUACAAUCAAAGGACUGGUGGCUGUUUGGAUUUUAUUUCUGCGUGCCCCUGGCCUGCACAGCAGUUUUUUACACUCUCAUGACCUUCAAGAUGCUCAGCCACAGAAACGGAGCUCUCCGGAUUGCCCUCAGUGAACAUCUCAAACAGAGGCGAGAGGUGGCCAAGGCUGUUUUCUGUCUGGUCUUAAUCUUUGGACUCUGCUGGUUACCCCUGCACCUCAGCAGAAUCUUGAAGAAGCUGAUGCCUGGUCCUGAUGAUGAAAAUCGUUGUGAACAGUACAGCUUUCUCUUGAUCCUGGAUUAUAUUGCCAUAAACAUGGCAUCCAUCAACUCCUGCAUCAAUCCCAUCAUCCUCUACUUUGUCAGCAAGAAGUUUAAGAAUUGCAUUAAGUCUUGCCUGUGUUGUUGGCGCCGCUCAAAGAACCAAGGGACCAGCUUGGGGCAGAUGAACGGCACAAGCAACCAGGGCAAAACCCAAGAACCCAAAAACGUCCAGAAGUACAGCUCUUAAACAAACUGUCUAAGCAGAUAUUGGUGAUUUCCAGCUUGGUGGUGCUUGGAUUCAAACUCACUACCUACUCCAGAGCCUCUAACCACCACUUCUUACUCAUAGUGCCACCUCUUGUUUAAAACAACAACCAAGCUUCAUCAGAACUAUGGUUUGUUUCAGGAUGAAGACACCACUCAGUAAUGCCACCAAUGAACAUUUGAAGUUAAGCAUGAAACAAGAAAUUAGUGCUACUCUGUGCUGGACACGGAGGGCCAGAUACUGUUUUAACCAUCUCUUGUAGCUUAUGUAGUGUAUAUAUAUAUAUAUAUAUAUAUAUAUAUAUAUAUAUAUAUAUAUAUAUAUAUAUAUAUAUACACACUACACAAUAUAUGCAAAGUCCUGCUCCCAGAGCAAGCUGGAGUUUUUAUCCCUGAGAGUGAAGACAAGGGUGGAGGAAGUGAAGGGUGGGGGUCACAGGACGCAGCUGAACAUCAACUAUAAAUGAACUCAAUCAGAAUCCUAGGCUACACAAAUACAUUCAUAAGCUAUGUGUAUACUUUCUCAAGGGACAGGAAAAUGAAGGAAGGAAGAGUCAAGUAGUUUUUCCGGCAUAUGGUUGCAAAUAUGGACUAUGCUAAAAAAAAAAAAAAAACUUUUCCUUCCCAUUGCUGCUUAUGACUACUUUCUAUAUUCAGAUCUAUUCAGAUCCAGGAAGACUUUGUCAUUAUUUUCAUGACUCAGAUCCCACACGUCAGAUUGUCAUAACAUUUUCAAUAUUUUUUUCAACCUGGAUGUUCCUUUUGUUUUAUAAGGAUGGGUUAGGUUCAGAGGGACGAGACAAUUUCAUGUAAAACGCAGUGGAAAAAAUUUUUUUACAACUUCCACGUUUUUCCAGAUUCAAUCAAACCUUUGGAAGCCAGAAUAAAUUAUUUGCUGUUAUUUUUUUUAUUUGUAGAAGAAAUUAUUAUUAUGAUAGUACUAUUUAAAUUCACAGCUAUGACUUUUGGCAGAUGCCCUUAUCUACAGUGACUUACAGAAGUGCUUUGAAGUCUCUGUUAAUAAAUGCAUCCUGAUACUGGUUCCCUCGGUCACAGAAAAUGAAUACUAUCAGUCUAAAAUCUCUGUUAAGGAGAUAAUAUAGUUAGAAAAGAUUUUGUAAAAUGAUAAUUUACUUCUGGAAGUAAAUUAUCAUUAGAACGUCAUUAAAACAAGUCCAAACGACCACUUUAAGAUGUCUAAAGAUGUCACUGACCAGCAGAAGCUACUGUAAAAUACACAGAUUAGAAUAAAGGUACAAGAAGUGAUACUGAGGCUUAUUUAUUUCUAUUUCAGACUGUAAAUUCGCAUAAAAUAUCAGUUUUUUAUGUGUUAGAGAGUGUAUCAGGGCUUCAAGAUAAUAACAUUGUAGCUAGAUAAUUAGCAAAACGUAUGACGAAUAAAAAUGGACAAUGACAAUAUGUUUUUUUUUAAUAGACUUUUAAUCAAGUGACCACAAAACUAUGAACCCAAAACAAUGUUCACGCAACUCACAUGUUGAGUUGCAUCUAUAAUUAUUGAAUAACAAUUACAAGAUUGAUUUGCGCAUAUUUGAUACCGAUUAAAUCGAACUUUUUUUUUAUUGUAUGCCUCUGCUAUUACUGUCUUAUUAGAUGGAUGAGAUUAAAUGAGUAUUGACUGUACAGUGUUCAGUUUCCUGAUCGUAUCCAGAGAGAUCGAGAGUCUAUCCAUCUGUUCAUAGUUUGAUGAAAACUUCCGUCUCUUUUGAUCAUCCAAGUGUUUUAUUCCAAAGCUAAAACAAACAAUAAUGUCAGCAGUUGUUUAUACCCUGCUGCUCCAGCAAACAUUGGAGUUUUCCAGAUUUUCUUUUGAAGGGUCAUGAACUCUGAUAUAUCCACAUUUUUUCAUUCAUACACUUCUUUCUCAUAAAAAUAAAUUCCAUUCACCUUU